GGGGGAGACACCCUUUGACAUUUGGUAGACCCCCUCCCUUCACUCAUUUGUCUAAAUGAGACAAAAACCACCCCUCUCACCUCACCACCUCCACCCACUCGUACCAACACCCUAAGAUAGCAAGGAGGAGCUCUGAAAUUCACCAUUUUCACACCCAAAUUCGAGCUCAAGAUAGAGGAUCCAAGGAGGAGUGCUUGGAGAAGGAAAAAGGUGUAGGAAAGUGUGGAAAUUGAGGGACUUGAUUUAAAGUAUUUUUGAGCUUCGCCGGAGUUUCGUCGGAGUUGGUCAAAGUACGCCGGAGUUGGUCAAAGUUCGGCGGAGUUGGUCAAAGUUCGCCGAAAUUAGUCAAAGUUCAAUCGAGAAGCGUAGAACGUGCUUAAGCUUAAUUAAGGUAGAACUUGAAGGUUGCUACUACCAGCCGCUGUUUCGGGAAGUUUCUGAGAAGAAGACUUGAAAUGGAACCCGUUGGAAGGAUCACUAGAAGGAACCCGUUGGGCCGUGCACCGGGUGGGUCCGAGCGCGGUAGCCGGGGGUCCUCUAGGGAAUCAAGAGGAAGGGGCCGUGGAGGCCAACGUCAAACCGUGAGCGAUGGCCACGUCGAUACCGAAAGUGAGACCUAUUGGUCCUAUGAGGACUCAACCUACCAGCCGGGGACUGAGCCAGUUGAGACCCCUUACGAAGGGAAUGAUGAUGAUGUGAGUGAUGAGGAGGAAAGUGGCUCCUUGGCCAGGAUCGAAGCGCUGCUCCAACAGUAUCAUCGGGAGCGCGAAGAAAGGAGGGCACGCCGAAGGCACCGUGCAGGGCAACCUGCGGGCGGGGCUCCAAGAGGGAGGAGCUAUUGCGAUUCGAGAACCCAUGUGGAAGCACAUGGAAGUAGGGGCG